GUUCUCGAAAUCACUUUCCUUCCAAGUCUAUCUCUGUUUCGAGUUUCCGAGAUUUUGAUCACACGGUGGGUGUAGAAGUAGAAGACGAGGAUGAGGAGAGUUUUCGGCGCGAAGAAGAACACAGAGCCUCCUCCCUCCAUCCAAGACGCCUCCGAUCGGAUAAACAAAAGAGGAGAAACAGUGGAGGAUAAGAUAAAGAAGCUUGAUGUUGAUCUCUGCAAAUACAGAGAGCAGAUUCAAAAGACGCGUCCUGGUCCUGCUCAACAAGCUCUCAAAGCUCGUGCCAUGAGGCUUCUCAAGCAGAAGAAAAUGUAUGAAGGACAACGUGACAUGCUCUAUAAUCAAACAUUCAAUCUCGAUCAAGUCUCAUUCGCUGCUGAAGGACUCAAAGAUGCUCAACAAACUAUGACGGCGCUAAAGUCUGCUAACAAGGAGCUUAAAGGGAUGAUGAAAACCGUACAGAUUCAAGAUAUCGAUAAUAUGCAAGAUGAGAUGAUGGAUCUGAUGGAUGUGAGUUCUGAGAUUCAAGAAACGCUUGGUAGGAGCUACAACGUUCCUGAUGGUCUUGACGAGGAUGAUCUCAUGGGAGAGCUUGAGGCUCUUGAAGCUGAUAUGGGAGACGAGACGGAAGCAGAUGGAGUGCCUUCUUAUCUCCAACCUGAUAAUCAAACUGAUUACGAUGAGAUUAGCUUGCCUUCAGUACCAAUGGGACAGACUAGUGCUCCACCUGGUCGUGUUCAGGCUGAGGAUGAGUUUGGAUUGCCGGCGGUGCCACGAGCUUCUCUCCGGGGAUAAAGAUCUGGUGAUUCUCUUUGUGGAGUGGAGCUGCUAUACUAAGCUCUUUUUUAGGCUUAGGAUUAUAGUCACUUUGUGCAUAACAUUUAUAACUUUUCUUUUGGCUCUGUAAUAAUAAUUGCGUGUUAUGGUGGCUCUUUUUCUUUUAAUUCGUUAUUAUACA